CCAAGAGGCCCCGUUGCAGCGCUUUUGGAGAACUUGGUGAAACCGAAUCUGACGCAGUGCCUCGCAGCCCAUGCCGCUGGCGGGCGCUGAGCUCUGAGGGCGACAGCGGGCGGAAUCGCUCCCGUCUGAUAAGACACCAGAGCAGCACGGACGCAUGCUGGUUCCCGGGAACACGGCUGAUCUCCAGAUAUGACCAUGUAUUUGUGGCUUCAACUCCUGGCCCUCGGCGUUGCCUCGCUGGACUCCGCAGUGCUGGUUACAGGACAAGUUGUGGAUACUGCAACUAACGGACUGAACACAACAGAGGCGUCCACAAGUCUGCCUCCAAGUGACCCCUUUCCUGCUCGCACCACCGCAUUCUCACCCGCAAGCAUCUCUGAACCAGGCAAGGCCGCCUCAGAGACCGUGCCUCCUCUAAACGCAGGCAGUCCCACCGCGGAAGUCUCCUGGAACCACACGGCUCAUAAUGGUACUUCUGCUGUCACAGGUGCUCCCGGAGAGAGGAUGACAGCCCGCACCUUGCCCGCAGACACUGCUCCCUCACCAGCAACCACCCUCAGCCCCGCACACAGCAGCCUCGCUGCCUUGCCUCCACGCAUCUCCAACUCGACCACCAAAAAUACCACCUCAGAUUCGCUCUCCACAUCCCCUGCACCAUCCUCUCUGACCACUGCAGCAAGCACUUACUCUGCAACAGCUCCCACAACCAUAGCUACUACUACUCGUAAGCCAGCAUGCGAAAAUAAAUAUGAAGACAUCCAUGUGCGUUACUCUUACAACAAGGAUAACAAAACAUACGACGCAACACUUACUGUUGGUGAUAAUGUGACAUGUGACCCCCUUGAGUGUAGGAACAAGCAGCUGUUUGGUCUGGAGACAUGCACAGAUCACACUAUAGAGAUAAAACAUGAGUCAUGUGGUGAUCCACCUAAAUCUCUACAAUUAGAAGUUCCACCAGAUCCUGAACAUUUUCAGUUUCGUCACGAUUGUGUGGAGCCUGUAAAAGCAAAUACAUCUCUUUGUUUAAUUUGGAGAGAAAGUGAAAGCAGCGCUUGUGAUGCAAAUAAAAUUACAUACAAAUUCCAGUGCGGUGACUACACUCCGCAAAAUAGCAGUGGACAAAUUAGUAGUAACAAAUUUGAAUUCAAAGACCUUGAACCUGAAAGGAAUUACACUUGUAGUUCACAACUAUACUAUAAUAACCUGACUAUUACUAACAAAACUGUAACUAUUACAACAGAUUUUGGAGACCCAGGAGCCCCUAAGUCUCUCAAUUAUUCUAAUGUAAGUGCAACUGAUGCACAGCUCUCCUGGGAACCACCUGAGAGGACUUCUCACGGGUUCACUCUCUGUUACCGGAAUGCUUCAGAUCGAGUAUGCCUCAAUGAGACUAAACACACAUACACUCUGAGAAAUCUGAAACCUUUUACAGAAUAUAAUGUAACAGUACAUGCCUUUGUCAAUGGAUCCGUGUUUCGUCCCGGAGCUGAUGCGAAAUGUGCAUUUAAAACAGAUUCCGCACCCCCAAGCCCGGUCAGGGGCUUAGAAGUCCUGCGGAAGACAGAUAACAGUGCAACUGUGACUUGCAAGCCUCCUGCUCAUUUUAAUGGUCCUGAUACAGAGCACUACCAUCUGGAAGUCAAAACUGAAGAUAAACUGGUUAAAACUUACUCAAGCAAAAUGUGCAGCUUCGUGGUAGAAGAUCUUCAGUACUCAACACAGUAUACAUUUGAGGUCUAUUAUGACAACGGGGAACAUCGUGGUAAUUCAGAAAGUGUUCCGCAUACGACAUCUUAUAAUUCCAAGGCUCUGAUUGCAUUUCUGGUGUUUCUGAUCAUCGUGACGUCCAUAGCCCUGCUCGUUGUUCUCUAUAAAAUCUAUGCUCUGCAUAAGAAAAGAUCCAGCAAUUUAGAUGAACAGCAGGAACUUGUUGAAAGGGAUGAUGAGAAACAGCUGAUGAGUGUGGAGCCCAUCCACGCAGACGUCUUGCUGGAAACGUACAAGAGGAAGAUCGCGGAUGAAGGCAGGCUCUUCCUGGCUGAAUUUCAGAGCAUUCCACGGGUAUUCAGCAAGUUUUCUAUCAAGGAUGCUCGGAAACCCUUUAACCAGAAUAAAAACCGCUAUGUUGACAUCCUUCCUUAUGAUUAUAACCGCGUUGAACUCUCUGACGUAAACGGAGAUGCAGGGUCAAACUAUAUAAAUGCCAGCUACAUCGAUGGCUUCAAAGAACCCAGGAAAUACAUCGCUGCACAAGGUCCCAGGGAUGAAACUGUUGAUGACUUCUGGAGGAUGAUCUGGGAACAGAAAGCCACGGUUAUUGUCAUGGUCACUCGCUGUGAAGAAGGGAACAAGAACAAGUGUGCAGAGUACUGGCCGUCGAUGGAAGAGGGCACCCGGGCUUUUGGAGAUGUGGUGGUGGAGAUCAAUGAGCACAAAAGAUGCCCAGAUUACAUCAUUCAGAAGUUGACUGUUACACAUAAAAAAGAAAAAACAACCGGAAGGGCAGUGACCCACAUUCAGUUCACCAGCUGGCCGGACCACGGGGUCCCGGAAGACCCUCACCUGCUCCUCAAGCUGCGCAGGAGAGUGAACGCCUUCAGCAACUUCUUCAGCGGCCCCAUCGUGGUGCACUGCAGUGCUGGUGUGGGGCGCACAGGCACCUACAUCGGGAUUGACGCCAUGCUGGAAGGCCUGGAGGCAGAGAACAAGGUGGACGUCUAUGGCUACGUGGUGAAGCUAAGGCGCCAGAGGUGCCUGAUGGUUCAGGUGGAGGCACAGUACAUCUUGAUCCAUCAGGCGCUGGUGGAAUACAAUCAGUUUGGGGAAACGGAAGUGAACUUGUCUGAGCUGCACUCGUAUUUGUGUAACAUGAAGAAAAGAGAUCCGCCCAGCGAGCCGUCUCCGCUGGAGGCUGAAUUCCAGAGACUUCCUUCGUAUAGGAGCUGGAGGACACAGCACAUUGGCAAACAAGAAGAAAAUAAGAGUAAAAACAGGAAUUCUCACAUCAUUCCAUAUGACUUUAACAGAGUGCCACUUAGACACGAGCUGGAAAUGAGCAAAGAGAGUGAGCACGAUUCAGAUGCGUCUUCGGACGAUGACAGUGACUUGGAGGAAACAAGCAAAUACAUCAAUGCGUCUUUUGUUAUGAGUUACUGGAAACCGGAAGUGAUGAUUGCUACUCAGGGACCACUGAAGGAGACCGUUGGUGACUUCUGGCAGGUGGUAGUCCAAAGGAAAGUCAAGGUGAUUGUUAUGCUGACCGAGCUAAGGAGUGGAGACCAGGAAGCCUGUGCUCAGUACUGGGAAGAGGGAACCCAAACAUACGGAGAUGUGGAGGUUCAGAUGAAAGACACCAACAGAUCUGCGGCCUACACCAUCCGCGCAUUUGAACUGAGACAUUCCAAGAGGAAAGAGCCGCGCACCGUGUACCAGUACCAGUUCAGCAGCUGGACGGCGGAGGGGCUUCCCGCGGAGCCCCAGGAGCUGACCUCUAUGAUUCAGAAUCUCAAACAGAAACUCCCCAGGAAGAAUUCCACCGACGGGAAUAAGUACCACAAGACGGUGCCCCUCCUCGUUCACUGCAGAGAUGGAGCUCAGCACACAGGAGUAUUUUGUGCUUUGUUUAACCUCUUGGAAAGUGCAGAAACAGAAGACGUGAUAGAUGUUUUUCAAGUCGUAAAAUCUCUACGCAAAGCUAGACCAGGAAUGGUUCCCACAUUUGAGCAGUACCAAUUCCUGUAUGAUGUCAUUGCGAGCACCUACCCGGCCCAGAAUGGACAAGUAAGGAAAAGCCACCACCAGGAAGAUACAAUUGAAUUUGAUAAUGAGGUGGACAAAGCAAACCAGGAUGCUAAUUGUGUGAGUCCACCGGGCCCCCUGGGCGAAGCCCCUGAAGGCAACAAAGAGGAUGGAGGCUCCAAACCAGCAAGUGGCUCUGAAGGGCCAGAACAUUCCGCCAAUGGUCCUGCGAAUCCAGUUUUAACUCAAAGUGCAUAGGAAGAGGCAUGCAGGGGGCAACUCACAACCCCAUAUGAAGUAUAAUUUCUAUUUUUCUUGAAGUAGUGAGGCAAAACUGGUACACAGUGGAUUCAUGACAUUCAAGGACCAACAUUGGUGGGAAGUUUCUAUUUUACAGCUGUAGAAAAAUAUUUAAGACAGUUUGGCUGAAGUAUUUUGUACAAUCUUGUGCUUAUUUUAAAGUUUUUUCCAUCAUUCAGCCAAAAAAUCACCUCUUUGUAGUCUUUGUAUGUGUGUGUGCGUGUGUGUGUGAAAGAGAGAGAGAGAGAGAGAGAAAGAUUUUGGGUAAAUCUACAUGCUGUUGAGAAACUUUGCCUUUUUGGUUUCUUUUCUUUUUUUUUUGAAGAAAAAAUGGAAAUGUUAGCUUAAAUGUCUAUUUUUUAAAAAUCACGUCACGUGUGGCCUCUUUGUAAGAAUAGCAUGUACGUUUCUAGAAUGACCUCAAGAUGGCCUCCUUGUUCUACCUAAAUAUCUCAGAGCUUCCUUCCUGUGUUACUUCUAGAAAUAGACGUAAGUGUAGUGUGUGUGUAUAGUUACUACAAGAAAGUUAACUAAAUUAAAAUUUGGAAACCUUAGGUUCCAUAUGUUAGCAUUUGGUUCAGUAUCUUUUCAAGUUUAUUUAAUCUAAUUUAAAAUUUUCAGGCAGGCCUAUCUUGUUGUCCUCAUGUGGUGGUUACACCUUUGCAACACGGAUUAGUCUGUAUAAUAUGUAAAAGUCACUGCUGCAUAAUUUUGACCCCAAAUUAUAGGUUUGUUGCAAUUGAACUUAAAUAUCUUUAAACAAAUGCAUUUUCUAUUAAAUCCAGAGGUUAAAAACCUCUGAGUCAUGAAAAUGUAUUUGUGCUAAAUAUUUACAUGCCAGGCCUAAUAUAGCUAUUUUUUUAUGGACUAAGACGUCGAUAUGAGACAUAGAACAUUGAAUAUGCUUAUUUUUCAUCGUAUAAUUUGUCUUUGACUUUCAUUAAAGUGCGUUUAUCUUGAAUUUCUCAAAUGCUUAGACUGUUUUUACCAGGAAUUGAUGUCAAUAAUUACAAUAAAAUUCAAUUAUUAUC